GCCAAGGCUUGAUUACUAUGUAGCGUUCGCCCCGACGCGUAAAGUGGCUGCAGAACGCGUCGGAACUCUGUUAGCCCUUCUCGGUGGCAUCGUCCCUUCCUUCCACACGCUACGCAGGAGAGCAGUACGUAGUGCGUAUUUCGAGGUCCAAUCUUUUUUGUCCCUUUUUUUAUACCUUCUUUUUUUUUUUGCGCAACCACCUGAGUUUCGGAGUGAAUUGUGAAAGACAGGCAAAGGAAAUAUAUUCCUACCCAACCAUGUUUAUCGGCAUCUGCGGCAGCAUCUGCGCGGGCAAACACACUAUUGCUCGCUAUCUGGUUGACCACCAUGGCUUCACCCAACUCCAUCUGGAUCUCCGGCCCAACCAUGGCACAGAACAUACCACCGGCGGUGCCACCCCCGCGGACAGCAGCAGCAGCAGCUUGAGCAGCUCCGGAACCUCGUCGAAACAUCCAUACCACUUUUCUAGCCCCGACGACCUCCUCGACUUCGUCACCAAGCAUUGGCGCGAACGGUGGGUGACCACCGAUAUCCCCUCGGAAUCCGUCCUCGAUCAAUACGCCCGCCGCCCUUUCUUCCUCCUCCUCAGCGUUGAUGCCCCCAUCACCGUCCGCUGGCAGCGAUAUCAGGCACGCCAAAAACAGCGCCAAGCCCUCCUCCCCAAUAGCACCGCCCCGCCAGACGGCUCGCCGCCCGCGGCAGCUCCCACGCUAGACUCCUUUGAAACCUUCGCCGCCCUCUCGGACGCCCACCUCUACGACCCCGUCACCGGCGUCAACCCCCUCGUCUCACGCGCCGCGGUCCGGCUUCUCAACACAUCCUCCUCCCUCGCCCACCUGUACGCGACCCUGGGCAAGCUGGACUUGCUCAACCCGGACCGGCUGCGGCCUUCGUGGGACUCGUACUUCAUGGCGCUGGCGUCGCUCGCCGCGCAGCGCAGCAACUGCAUGAAGCGGCGGGUCGGGUGCGUCGUGGUGCGCGACAAGCGCGUCAUCUCGACGGGGUACAACGGCACGCCGCGCGGACUGCGGAAUUGCGGCGAGGGCGGCUGCGGCCGCUGCAACGCCGCCCAGGGGUCCGGCCACGGCCUGUCCACCUGCCUGUGCAUCCACGCCGAGGAGAACGCGCUGCUCGAGGCCGGCCGCGAGAGGCUCCGGGACGGCGCCGUCCUCUACUGCGACACGUGCCCGUGCCUGACGUGCAGCAUCAAGAUCGUGCAGGUUGGGAUCGGGGAGGUGGUCUACUCGCAGGGGUAUAGCAUGGACCAGGAGGCGGCGGCCGUGUUUCGGGAGGCCGGCGUGCGGUUGAGGCAGUUUGUGCCGCCUGCCAAUGGGCUGAUACAUCUCGAAAAGCCGGAUUUAUACACUUAGAGUGACUGGUGUUGAGACUAUAAGAGCAUGGGUUGAUGUACAUACAGCUGGCGAGGCAUGAUAGACUGGAUUCAGCUAUCCCUGGCGUCCCGGGAUUCCGAGUUGCUUGUCCCCCUUCUUUCUUAUGCUCUUUUGUGGGAGGGCGGCUAUCCUGGCAAACCCUAUCCCUUUCACGCAACGGACCAUGUUCACUCACGAUCAAGGAACUGCUGUACAAACCCCGGAGGCCGUCUCGG